AUGGGAAUGAUAACGAGAGUCAGGGGUAGAUUACGCAGUCUACACACCCUGCCCAAGCUGGAUGAAAAAGUUAGAGAAGAAAAAAUAGCAGAAACUGUUUGUCUACUUUCCGUUCUCUUCCUUCUACCGUAUUGCUCAAGAGGCCAUACUCCAAUAUUGCUUAUCUUUGGAAGUUGGUUCUUAACCACCUACUCCUUUUUGGUACUGCCUCUUCUGAUAUCCGCCAACUACAAGUACCCGGUGAGAUGGCUGAGGCAUAUUAUAAGGAAGUUGCCAGACAUGGCGAAAAAAUACGGAAAGCCGACAUGGAACAUUAUCCGCAAAGUCUAUGGACCCGUAGAAAGAUGCGAAAAAAGUUUUAUGAAAAUGAAGAAUAUCUCUACUUUGGCAACACAGUUGGUGUUCUUCAUGCUCUCUGACAGAGUCCUCCUAUGCAGCUUCGGUGGUCGUAAUUGUCCAGAAAAAAAAGUGACUGGUCUCUACUCCCUCAUGUUCUACAACGUCAUAGCCUAUUGCGUCAGCUACAUCAAAGAACUCAUAGAAAAAGAAGAUUGGUCAGUUACAAUCAACAUGACCGAGCAUAGCAACAUAAAACACCUAGCCAUGUCAGCUACGAAAAUUGUUUUGGAAUGGACUAAGGCUGUUACGUUUAUAAUUACUGUUACGUUUAUGUUGUUGGUGUUCGGGCUAGAGCAAGGCUUACAAAAUUACCAUCCUACAGCCUUGUACACUUUUGUUACUUGGACUUAUUAUAUGUGCACUGAAAAGGUUUUCGUGGAAAUGUUUUUGCCGUUGCUGCUUUUGUUAAAAUUCAAAUCACUCGAAGCUCUAGAACAAUUCUACGCUCCAGUUAUUUUACGUUGUUACACCAUAAGCGUAGCGAUAAUUUUAGUGGUAUUUCUAGGUUUUUACGGGCACAUUCAAUUCACUCUUGUCGCUUCUUACUUAACAGUUUACUUGAAAAUUAAAGACACUGCAAUGACGUGUCUGAAAUCCUUAAAAACCGAACAAGCAAUUUUAGGAAAAUUUCGCUAUGCCACUGAAGAAGAAAUCGAAAAUUGCGAUGACGUUUGUGCGGUGUGCUUGAGUCCGAUGCUGAGAGCUAGGGUUACACCUUGUCAGCACAUGUUUCACGCCUAUUGUUUGAGACAGUGUUUGAAUAAUUCCGACAUGUGUCCAAUUUGUAAGAGAGAGUAUGUUUUCGUUCACUAA